CCAACAUACCUAACCUAACCUAACCACAGGUAUGUUCUGUGAAGUGAACCGUCCUAUUAAAGAGUCAUUUUAUUGAUAGCAACAUCAGUAAUUUUAAAUAUACAAUAUAAUACGUUUAAAAAUGGUUAUUAAUACAAGUACUUACUUAAAACCUAUAUCUACGUUACUAAAAGUAAAAUUAGAUAAUACCAAAAGUAAGAUACCAACUUCAGAGACGACAGUAAAAAUAUUUAAUUUGCUAAAAAAAUCCAACUCUCCAUUAGGUCCCCAAAAUCAAAUUGAAAAAAUCCAAAUACAACAGUGGAUUGAAUAUGCUCAAGUAUAUGGUGUUCAUGUUGAUAGUUCUUAUAAUGCAAAAAUUGUUUUAAAAGAACUUAAUAAUAUUUUAGCCCUCAAGACAUACUUAGUUUCACAUAGGUUAACAAUCGCUGACAUAUUAUUCUUUUAUAUGCUUCUAAGAGUAAUGGAAACUUUAUCGAAUCUUGACAAGGAAAAAUAUUUGAAUGUUUGCAGGUGGUUUGAUAAUAUACAAAAUGACACAUUAUUAAGAGAUAAUAAUAAAAUCAUAGAUUUCAGAUCUAAUUUCCUAGCUACAUGGGUACCAGCAAAACAUUAAAACAACUAUAAUAAGUCCGUCAAAAAUUGUGUUGGUUGUUUUGGUUUUAACAAAUUUCAUUUUUGUCAAUUUGCCAACGGAAAUUUUAAUAAUUUAGCACAGUCGGGGGUAAAGGCUUUAGUAAUCUGAAAACUAAACUACUGACAGUGACAAACUAAUAAUCUAAAGUAUGUAUUCAAUAAGACUAUCUUUCACGGUGGAGCCAUUGUGAAUGUGAUUGUUCUGAAAGAGUGAGACUGGAGUGGGGUCAGUUUGUAAAAACACUUUCCACUAUCCCAUUACCUUCAUGAUCUGCAUAGGAUUGAUGGCUGGCUGGAGACUUAAGCACUGUCUAAUCUUUACUCUUUGAAGGGACUGACACCACCUGUUGAUAUUGAUCUGAUGAAAACACACAUUGGUAUUCAUCUUUCAGGUCUUGUCGAUUUUUGUUUCAUUUUCGAAUAUCUAAAAUUUUCUAUGAAAUAUACACUGAAAAAACAAUUAACUGGGCUUACGAACAAAAAAUUUUGCACCCGUAACUUUUCUUAAUUCGUACAAAAUUUUUUUUCAAAAUAAUUUUCUUCAUUCUAAAUUUUGUUCCUUGAAUGAAGUUAACAGUUUCUUCAGUGUAUUAUAAUUCAAUUUACUUCUUAAUUUGUGGGUAAGAUGUUAAUUUUUCAAUAGAUCAAUUAUAGUCUCUGGCUACGGUAUUGCAACGAAAAUUAUAAUAUUUAGAAACAGGAUGCUAGUCAUUGUUUGGAAUGUAAUUUCAUAUCAUGAAAUUUCAUAUAUAUGAAAGUAAAUAAGAAGCUUCACGAAUCUCAAGCUAAUUCAUCAUCUGUUGUGCAGAUCUAUAGUUCUUUGGCUUUUUUCUUCAAGAAAUGAGAGACAGACAACUUUCUGAAUAUGAAGAAAAAGUCAAAUCACUAUCUGAAUCUAACGAUUAGUAUCGAUUUGAUAAUCAUUGUAAAAAAUUCAGCUAGAUGUUCACGAGUAAAUGAAAAAACUCCUUUCUCUGGGUAAGAAAAAAUUUCGCACAAACGUUUCUUACCCUAUUCUAGACUGUCUAGAAUGUACAAUUAGCCGGGUUUAAAAGUACACAAGAAAAUUUGGCCAUUAAACUAGGCAGCUAUAAGACACUCAAUCAGUCAUUAACAUCCCGCCCUUUAGUAACUCUGGCAACCCUCUCUUCUGCACUAUCUAUUGCAGAAUCUGUAGCAUCAUAUGUUUCGAAUUACUCAGAUGAGAAUGAAUUCGAAAUAAUUCUUUUUGAUUUGCUUUAUCUUUAUAUUUUAUUUAUAACCAAAAUAUAAUACUCAAACUUUUAUAAUAAUGUGCAUGAUGUUUAAGAUGAUAUUUUAUUUUAUAAGUAACUAUGAAAAUAUAGAAGAAUGAAAGUGAGAUUAAUGUUUCUUAGCUUAUAGUUAUAACAUGCCUCUUUUCUGGGGAAAUGCAAUCUCUCAUAACAGUAUUUUCUUUUUUAAAUUUUUGUUCUUGUUCUUGUAUAACAGUGAAAAGUUCAUAAAAAGAAGCUUGGGAUAUCCUUGUGAAAUUAAAGAACUUUUGUUUCACUUGUGGCCACAAUACUUUAAAAAAGCCUUUCUCUUUACGAUGAGAAAUAAUUGGGUGAUUUCAGAGACGCCUCGUUUCCUUUUCUUCACUCGUUUGCGGUAAAACAACCAGAGUAACAUUACAUAUUUAUCAUCAAGGUUCUUUGCUUUUUAUGUACGCUCUGCACAAAAUGUAAGGUGGCGCAAAAAUAACGCAUGAAUUUCAAACCAGUAUAAUUUGCUUUAUUUUGAUUACGUACAAAAUGGACUCACAUGAAUACAAUGUUUAGAUUAUCGAAUACAUGACUUUAUUUAUUGAAAUAUCGAUAUGCACUGUUUGUAGUGAACUGAUCACUUUUAGAAGAAUACUUCAGAUAGAUGGCGUUCUUCAGCGUCGAUAUACAUCAAAAGUCUUUCUUCGAGGUUUUUCAUUACUUUUGACAAUCAUCGUUCAGGAUGCGCUGCAGCGAGAGUCGAGACAAGUUUAGAGUUGGAGCGCGCUGCCUAGUGGAGCGGCGAAAACUUUGAAGAACCGACGCCCUAACUCUGUCGCUCCUCUGUCCAGAUUCAUUACUUUUGAAGGAAUGUUCAACAGCAAAAACGCAAUGCGCCACGGUACACUGCGCCUUUGGUACUAAACUGGACUCCCUAACUUACAAAAUAUCCAGCCCUCGCUCCUCCCACUAAUCAACUCAAAUUCGUGCGUUCUUUUUACGCCACCUACUGGUGAUUACAAAGAAUGUAUCUAUCUCGUCAGAAUUAGUAAACCAUUAGAUAAGA